AUGCCAGCCGACACCAUCCAAAUCCGCCGUAUAACACCCCCCGACAUCCCGCAGAUGGCCCGGCUGGCCUCCACAGCCUACUUCAACUCCCCCCUCAGCCAAUUCCUCAGUCCAUAUCGCCAGACCUACCCCGGAGACUUCACCCGCCGCUUCCUCCACAUGAUGCGCGCCCGCUACUUCAACCCCCGGUGCAUCGGCUUCGUCGCCGUCCCCGUCUCCGACCCGGCCACACCAGUGGCCUAUGCGCAGUUCAUCCGCCUGGGCGACGACAAAGCCGCAAAGGCGCUCAUCGCAGCGCAGAGCUCGAUCUGGAAUACGCUGCGCCGGUGGUGCGUGGCAGUCCGGACGUGGAUUGAGACUCUGGUGUGGCCGGAUCGGUCCGGGGAUGCGGAAGCAGUGGCCGAGUUUGACAAGGCGGUUGAGGAUGAUAAUCUGCGGUAUUGGGAGUCGCCGCAGAUGAAGGGCUUGUAUGGGGAGAGGUGGCAUGCGCAGAGCGUGGUUGUCUCUGGGGACUGGAGGCGCAGGGGCAUUGGGAGGCGGUUGAUGGGGGAGGUGUUGCGGCGGGCGCAGGAGGAGGGAGUCGUUGUUGGACUCGAGGCGAGUGAAGAUGGGGAACGGCUGUAUCGGAGCUUGGGGUUUGAGUUGAGGGGGAGGUUUUGUAUGGCUCUGGGGGAUGAGGAUGGGGAUGUGGGGGGGAUUAUGAUGUGGAGGCCUGACGGGGGUUUGGAUUGA